GUGUCAAUAGCUUGGCUUCCAUGAUUGUUGUUAAAAUUUGAAAAUAUUUGUUUAUUCUUGAUUAAUUGAAUUAAACCAAUAUGACGAACACAAAUUUAAAUUCAUCCAAUGGAUCGAGUAACGAAGACAUCUCCGAAACCACAAACAUAUUCAAAAACCGAGAUUUCAUGUACAAACUGAUCAUCAGUCAGUUAAUUUACGACGGACACCAAACCAUCGCCACCUCGCUGCAACAAGCCGUACAAGCGGAGCCCAACAACUCCCCCAGCGAUAGAUUGUACCAUUUGAUAUCGGUGGGCUUGGACCACGAACCCGCGUUGAAAGACAGGCCCAAAACCGGCGCGUUCGGCAACAACCAAAUCGGUCCGGGUCUCGACUUGGAAUUCGAAACCGAAUCGAACGUUCCAGCCCCGGAGCCCGCCCUCUACGAGACCGCCUACGUCACGUCUCACAAAGGCAACUGCCGAGCGGGAUGUUUCUCCGCCGACGGGCAACUAAUCGCCACGGGAAGUGUAGACGCCAGCAUAAAGAUCCUGGAUGUCGAUAGGAUGCUGGCGAAAUCUGCCCCCGACGAAAUGGAUCCUUCGAGAGGCGAACAACAAGGACAUCCGGUUAUAAGAACACUCUACGAUCAUAUGGAAGAGGUGACUUGCCUGGAGUUUCAUCCUAGAGAACCGUUUUUAUGUUCCGGUAGCAAAGAUAUGUCCAUAAAACUCUUUGAUAUAUCCAAAGCGAGUGUGAAGAAAGCCUUUAAAACUAUUACAGAAGCCGAGCCAGUUAGAGCUAUAUCGUUUCAUCCAUUGGGCGAUCACAUGAUAGUUGCUACAAAUCAUCCCGUUAUCCGUUUGUACGACGUGAAUACAUUGCAUUGCUUCGUGUGCUCCUUUCCCAAACACCAGCACACGCAAACUGUGACGAAUUUAAAGUGGUCGAAGGACGCCAAAUUGUUCGCUUCGUGCAGCAAAGAUGGCAACAUAAAAAUCUGGGAUUCGGUAUCUAAUAGGUGCAUAAAUACGCUGAUUAAAGCGCACGAUGGAUUAGAAGUUUGCUCCGUAGAGUUUUCCAAGAACGGCAAAUACUUGUUAUCGGCCGGAAAGAAUUCGAUUUGUAAAUUGUGGGAGUUGACGACGAGCAGAUGCUUGAUCGCUUAUACAGGUGCGGGAACUACUGGUAAACAGGAAUACGAAGCCCAAGCAGUAUUUAAUCACACCGAAGACUAUGUAUUGUUCCCUGACGAGGCGACGACUUCCCUUUGCGCUUGGAAUUCCCGAAAUGCAUCUAGGAAACAACUAAUGUCUUUGGGUCAUAACGGGGCGGUUAGAUUAAUAGCCCAUUCGCCCACUCAAGCGGCCUUUUUGACUUGUUCAGAUGACUUCAGAGCGAGAUUUUGGUAUAGGAGAACACCUACUUUGUAAUUUUUAUAUUGUGAUUAGAUUUUUUUAAGUAUUUAAAUGUAUAAGGAACAAAACAAGAUUGUAAUGUAUUCAGGCAAUUAAAGAAUACGAUACAUCUGA